AUCUCAUCUAGAUUUUCUUUUCGAUUUCCCUGGCGCUGUAAUCAGACGAAAUCUAUGGCGCUACUGAAUACGUCUUCGACUUUCCUUCUAACAACCGACAUACAUCCCUCACGAACUCCAAUAUCUCCUACUGUUUCCUUUACGAUUAGAGCGUCUUCUUCUUCGGUUUCGAUUUCAAAUUCAAAUGGCUCCUCCAAAGCUAUGUUUGGAUCUUCAACUUCAAGGGGAGGAGCUGGCGUGUUAGAACGGCCUUCUUUUGAUCAAUCUCAGUUCGACCCUGCUACACAAGUUCAAGAAGGUGGAGAUAUUGGCCGGGUGAGAGACAAGAAACACACUGGUAGUGGAGACAGUUACCGAGUGCUUUUGAUUGAUGAUGCCCGUCAUACUGAGGAGCUAGUUGUAAAAGCAUUGCCUCAGGCUGUUCCAGCUGUUACAGCCGAUGAUGCAAGAAGACUCUUCCAAGUCUCACAAGAAAAUGGUGUGGCAGUUGUUGUGGUCGCAGUCAAGGAACACGCGGAGUUUUAUGCCCAGAUGAUGAUGCGCAAAGGACUGCGAUCAACGAUAGAGCCAGAUUCGGCUACCGUAUGAUAUUCAUAUAUGACUACCAUUUGAGGUUUAGACUCAUUGCUCAGAAUAUGAUGGAGCAGCAUUUUAUGGGAAAUCUCGAAAACCAGUUUUGAUCGAGCGAGUAGAAGUAGUAUCUCGACAAACAAUAUAGUAGAUGUGUAGAACUUGUAUUCUUUCCUCGGUCGUUCUGCAUAUUAACCGAGUCUUUGUGAUGAAACACAAGUAGCGAAUGUAGAGUGGAUUGAACAAAUAGAUUCAUGUCAUAAGAGUGCUGUGAUUUUGGUAAUGGUGCAUAUUGGGUUGAUCUUGAGGAUGAGGAGCACCCAAAUGUGACCAUCAUAGACGUGUAUAUGUUACCCUUGGCUUACUGGGCACAAUGCAUCUCGGAUAGAUCAUGAGAAAACCAAUGCGAACGACAAUUUCAGCA